UAUAAUUAUUGUAAGUAUUAAUUUAUCUAUAUCUAUUUGCAUCAUUAAUUUAAAAAUUGCGUCUAUGAUUUGUAACUAACGUUUUUGCUUUGAAUCGCUCUAAAUGCGUUCAGUUGUUAUAUCCAGAUGUAGGGUAAAUAAAUCCCUACUGUUUGAAUCUGUGGACGGUCCAAACUUUGCAACUAUUUUUGACGCGUUUGAACUACCAGUAGUUGAAUAUCCCAGAUUUGCAACGUUGCCGCCCCCUGUAUUUUUCAUGGUCAACACUAAGAAAUGUGUCGGAAAAGACGCUUUUCAGAGAUUGAAUUAUUUAUAUCAGAUUACUAAUGAAACUGCUACACAAAGUCCAUCCGAGCAUACAGCAUCUAUUCACUAUUCCAACCUUUUAAUAAAUGUUUCCAAAAAAACGGUCCAAAGAUUGGAUAUUGGAAUUAAAAGAACAAUUUGCAAAAAAUGCAGGACUUUAUUGCUGGCUGGCAUAACCAGUAAAGUAAGGAUCCGGAAAAAGCAGCUUGUACAUACAUGUAUGACAUGCAAGACACCUAAAGUAUUUGAUGUUCAAAACCGACAAUAUUUGUUAUGGUCUCAACAAAAGGAAAGUAUUGAACAGAUUUUGAACUACAGCCCUACUGGGAAGAAUAGCCAGGAAAAAAAACUAAAUAUUAAUUAAAAUGUUUUAAUAAAUAGUAUUUCCUAUUGACUACUAAUUUAAUAGAAAAGAAUUUGGAUUUUUGAGAUAUUUUUUGUAAAUAUUAAGGUAAGUACCUCUUAGCUCUCAAAUUUGGAAGUGUA